UUUCAGGCGGUCAAGGACGUCCUGGUGUCCAAUGCGGUGCUCCACCAUUUUGACGAGGCCCUCCCCGUCAUCCUGGCAUGCGAUGCGUCGCCGUAUGGGGUGGGGGCAGUCCUGGGGCAUCAGCUGCCAGAUGGGAGGGAGGUACCGGUCGCAUACUACUCCCGCACGCUCACCCCAGCCGAGCGCAACUACGCGCAGAUCGACAAAGAGGCCUUGGCAAUCGUGGCGGGGGUCUGCAAGUUCCAUGAGUACCUAUAUGGGAGACGGUUCACAAUUGCCACGGACCACAAGCCCGCCGCACACAAGGGCUGCAUACUAUGGGGCAGUAGGGUAGUGAUUCCGCCCCCGCUCCAAAGGCGUGUUUUAGAAUCCCUACACGAGACUCACCCCGGCAUAGUGCGAAUGAAGGCUCUGGCCAGGAGCUACGUCUGGUGGCCGGGAAUGGACGGGGAGAUCGAGGGCUGGGUCCGCAGAUGCCAGACCUGCCAGGAAUCGCGGCCCGAGCCGCCCAGCGCCCCCGUCACUAGGUGGGAGUCCACCCGGAAACCAUGGUCGAGACUCCACAUCGACUUUGCGGGCCCUUUCCAGGGGCAAACCUUCAUCAUAAUAGUGGACUCCUACACCAAAUGGCUGGAGGUCAUCCCCGUAGGGUCCCCCUCGUCCACAGCCGCGGUCAGAGCUCUGCGCAGGGUCCUAUGCACACACGGCAUCCCGGACACCAUAGUCUCUGAUAACGGGGCCGCCUUCACCUCAGCCGACUUCCAGGCGUUCCUGCAAAGAUAUCUGAUCAGGCACAUAAGGUCGGCUCCCUUCCACCCGGCCACCAACGGCCAGGCAGAGCGGAUGGUCCGCACAACAAAGGAGGCCCUCGGC